UCUUCUUCUUCUGCGGCGGUUUAACGGCACCGACUGUUUAUCUCCUGAUAUUCACACAACAACAGCAGGAUAGAAACAUCACAGGAAACAUCAGGCCACCGUGACGACCGAGCAUCACUGAACCUGCAGACAGAAACAGAGAGCGAGAGAGAUGAAACCACAGAAACAUCCCAGAUAUCUGCAGGCUGCACUACAUGGCCAAAAAGACUUAAAAUGAGCAGAAUAAAUGACAGAAAUUAGGAGGGAGGAAGCUCACGAGGAGAGGAAGUGAAAAUAGAAGAUAAAUAGAGGCAGUAGAGUCUGAAAGAGAGAGAGAGAGAGAGAGAGAGAGAGAGAGAGAGAGAGAGAGAGAGAGAGAGAGAGGGAGGGUAAAUGAAGCCAGAGGCAGAUAAAACCGAUUCAGAGACAGAAAGCAGCCGGUGUUUAAACUCAACAGUUUCUCAGCAGCAGGCUGGCAAACGCCUCCUCCUCCUCCUCCUCCUCCUCUUCCACCUUCAUCAUCCUCCAUCCUCCUCUUUUUCUCCUCCGCCUCCUCCUCCUCUUCCUCUCCUCCUCCUCUCCAUGCCGGCGGAGGUCUCCGCGGGGCUGCCAUGGCGAAGAUCCGGGUGUCGUACGAGUACUCCGAGGCCGAGGACAAGAGCAUCCGGCUGGGGUUGUUCCUGAUCGCCUGCGGGAUCCUCAGCCUCUUCAUCCUGGGCUUCUGCUGGCUCAGCCCGACCCUGCAGAGCCUGCAGAGCAAGCCGGCCAACUGCACGGUGGUGUCGGUGUUGCGUCCUGAGGAAAUGUUCGAGUGUGUGUUUACCUGCGGUGCGGACUGUAAAGGGACGUCGCUCUAUCCCUGCCUGCAGAUCUUCGUUAACAACUCGGAGUCCAACUCUGUGGCUCUGCUGCACUUUGAUGAGCAGCAGCUGGUCCUCAACCCAAAGUGCUCGUUCGUGCCUCCGUGUGAGAGGGACAACCAGAAGAACAGAGACAGGGUCCUGCAGUGGGAGGAUUACUUCACCAAAGAGGUCAGCAGCCAGUCCUUCACCUGCUUCUUCAACCAGCAGAGGAGGCCUGACGACGUGUUGUGGCGCCGUUCCCAUGACACCAGCGUCCUGCUGCACUGCGUCCUCUGGCCAAUGGUGUCGCUCCUUCUGGGCACGCUCAUCGUGCUGCUGACGGUUUGCGCUCGCUCCCUGGCCGUGCGAGCUGAGGCUCUCCAGAAAAGGAAAUGCUCCUACGAGGUGUGCCAAGACUUGGGGACCGUGGCUUCAGAUCGCCGUGGCAACAAAGCCGCUGACCCCCUCACGACAAACUCUGACCCCGAGCUGUCGUCGCCCUCUAGGACCCUGCCACUGUUUGCAGUGCCGGUGCGACGCCGCGAUCGGGAACAUUAAGACAGAGCAGAAAGUUGAUUUCACGUCUUAGGACGCUGAUGAGCUGGUGGGGGUCACAAAGCUGGCUGAGGACGCCACCGACAACCUGCUGCCGUCUGGUUUGUAUGAUCAGAAAUGUCCAAAUGAGACACAAACACGAGCAGAGGAUGACAGGAAAUCCACCCUGUUGCCUAUAGAUUUCAGCUGUAACUCUGCAGAGAAACAUCAGCACCUUUCCUCUGAUUUUAACUGAACAAAUUGGAUGAGCGGAGACUCACGGAUGCUGCUGAGUUUAAUCUUAUUGAAGGGUUAUUUAAAUGAAUGACACCAGUGCUGUGAUAGAUGGUACGAUGAAUCAGUUGUCUGAUAUGUUGGACUCUGCAGUCUUCUUUGUAGCUCUUCUAUAAACUAAGCUUUCCUUCUGUAGCUCACUGCUUCUUACUCCAGUCCCAGUAGCCACAAAUAUGACUAAAUAGAGAGCUGAAGUCUUGACACCACUUCCUUUCAUAGGCUUCUGUAAGUCAAUGCAAUCUUAUUUAUUUAUUUUUGUUCCUUGGGGUUUUAAGAUAAAUGAGUACCAACAUCAGCGUGAUUUUAAAAAUGAUUCAUUUGUUAGCAGUUAAAAAAAAAACAACUAAAUACAACUCAUGAAGUUUUACGAGUACAGCGGUGUGCAAAAUGUCAGUGUAACUGUUGGUUUCUUCCAAAUCCUUCAUAUUCUCCAAGACUCUCUUCUAAUGUUGCAACUUUUUCGAUGUAAUCUGUGCUGUCUAAAAACAUCUGCACCAUUCGGCCCACAUGUCCUUUGUUCUGAGAUAUUUUGGGGGCAUUUUUGUCUUUAUUCAACUAUCUUACAAUAGAAUCAUAGAGGGGAGAGUUUUGGAGAUAGAAGGAUUUUAGUCUUAAUUUUAGUCUUUACUGUGCUGAAUCAAACAGGGACAACAAGGUCUUAUACAUGUAAUAUGCACCCUAACCACUAGUCCACCAGGAUGCCCUGUUACAGCCGUGUGUGAACUAGACUCGCCUUGAAUUGCCUCAUUUUGUCGAGCUGGUUUAAUCUGCAGAGAUCUUGGACUUGUGGUUUCAUUAAAGGCCACUAACAGCAGAAAUACUUAAUAAACAAGAGCAUCAGAUCAUUUUUAUCUAGAUAUAUGUAGUGAACCACACAACGUACUGUUCAGUCAGGUCAUGAUUUGUAGUAAUUGUCAAUGGGGUUUAUUUAAGCUUUUGUACGUUUGGGGCAUAGCUCAGAAGUCUGAUGAGAGAAAAAGUAAAUGUUAAAAUAUAAAUACAUGAUCUGUACAUACUUACCUGUUUAGCUUUUACGAGCUCUUUUUAUUUCCUCUUUUCAUAAUCAUGUAACCCACAAUAGAAAAGUAACCUCAUCGUUUGACAUGAGAAAACAAAUAUGUAAGUUAAAGUCCUGCUUUCAUAAUGUUACUUAAAUAUGCGUUAACAAGUAUUAGAAGAAAAAUAUACUUCAGAGAUGAAAAGCAGCAGCACUCAUGAUUAAAAGAAUGAUAAGUGAACCUGUGAGCAGUAUUUUAACAUUGUAGUUUAGUCUGACCACUGCUUUAUACUGUUCCAGCUAUAGUAAUGUAUAUUAUUUCAUGAGCUUCUCUCAUGUUUAAAAUAAAAUAAAACCCAAAUAUGCAGAGUAAAAACCAGCCUGCAGAAAAAUAUAGUGGAGUAAAAAAUAUCUCCAUCUGAAAUGCGGUACAGGAAAGAAGAUAGUCUUUAGUAGUACCAGUAACUCAAACAACAAGGACAUUGGGAAACAGAAAAGUUGUUUAAUUCAUGUAAGUCUUCGGAAAACAGGAAGGGUAAGAGGUGAAAAAUAAAAAGAGCCAGUAAAAGGUAAAUCUGGGAUUCAUUUCUUAUGAUAUAUUUAAAUUAUUGAACUUUAUUAUUUAUUUAUGUAUUCAAAUACACUCUUGACUCAUCAGAGGGCCCAUUAGUGGCUCCUGUUGCUUCAGGGACUCCGAACCGCCUGCUUGUUAAUGAUGUGAGAGCUCUUUGGACCAUGAAGGUGUUUGCUGACAGCAGGAGCGAACCCCAGGCUCAUAUGUUGGAGGUUAAACUGGGAGCAGCAAACACUGCAUUCAUCAAAUCAAACCAAAACAAAGAGGGUAUAGAGGGUUCAUAUACAGCAUUAGAGCAUUCUGACAUCAGUAAAACCAACUGCGACAUGAGUCUCCCCAUUGAUUUACCAUAAUAAUGACUGAAAACAGACACUGAGCUAGAAAAGUUGCAGUCGACCCUUUGAUCAAGUCGCAAUGGUUCAAUUUGAGACCAAACUGGGAAAUUUAGAUCAUUGAACCAGAUUUCUCAGAAAGGAAUAAAAGGAUAUUGUAAAACAAAAGUCCUGAAACAAAGCAAUGCGUUGGUACACUACAUGGCCAAACAUAUGUGAACAGCUAAACAUUCCUAAAUAUUAGAAACAUCUCUCAGUAUAACUGAAUAGAGUUCAGCCUCUAAAACUGAACAUAAGGUUCAUGAAUGUUGGGAUGCAGUAUUUUAGUUUUAUCUAGGUAUAUUUAACAAACUGGCAAGUGAGUGUAAAAAUGUAGAUGUCACCUCAUUUUUUGAUAUUGCAAAACAUUAUUGAAUGUGUACAGUAAAAAAAUGGAAAUCUCACAGCAUGCUAGGCCGGCCCUAAACCCACUUGGCGUACCCCUCGUCUUAAAGCACCUUUAGACUGCGACAACAACGAUCAUGUAAGUUUAUUGCAAGUCACCCUGUGCAAGAUUGUCACAAUCUGUGUCAGACCGUACUGUAAUAUCAGUGUGAAGCUGUCAGAUUGUGCGCCAAAUGUGUGGUGAAUCACAGUGCUACAAUGGAAAUAGAAAAAAAGUAAAUGAAAGCAAAGACGUCAUCAUCUUGUCACCCGUCUGCACAGCACUCAAACUUCUUUUUUGUUUCACCACCAAUCGUUUUUGAUUUGCCAUGGAUGUAUUAAAUGUGUUUUCCCACUAAACCUUAUUCAAAAACUGCACUUACGAAAUGUAAGCCAUCAUUUCGUGUCUUAUUCUGAUUGGUUGGUUUGUAGUCGUGGAUCGUAGCAGUCUUUGGUCUCCAAAGCUCCAAAUCGUCCGCCAGUGGACGAGUCUCACAGUGAGAUCUAGGACACUCUUUUGCAUUGAUGACCAAAGAUUUUGCCACAUUUCUCUCACGAUUGUCAACUUUCAUUUCAGACUGUAGAAUUAAAAUUGAUCAAAAAUGCAGUUAGCAGUCCUAGCCCAAAAGUACAGCAAUUUGUGGACAGUUGUGUGACUUUUGGCCAUAUAGUGUACAUUGUGCACCAAGAAAUGGGACAAAGCUUUGGAUCACACCAUUAUCCAGCAGGUCGGUAAUGAACAGUCAUUGGCCUUCACCCUCAUGUGUAAUACGCUCAAGUCACGCAUUUGGCUUUACUGCACUUGAGGAAGCUUCAACAAGAGUCCUUUAAACAGCCAAAACAUCACGCUAAAACACAAUCCUUAUCAAUCAAGACUUUGAAUCUAAUUAAGAAGAUAAUGAAAUGUCUCUGCGUGUUAAACAUGAAUGUUGUAGCUCACUGAACUGAACAGCCCCAGGAUGAAAACAACACACGGCCAGCGCCUGAAGGCCUUUCAAAUGUCGCCUUCAGCAGUAAUGAGGACAAAAUCUAGACCAUGUGAAUAAAGUAGGGUGCAGAUGGCCCCUCUCGGUUUCUACCCUGAGUUUAGACUGACAGGGAAAGCUGACAGCCGACCAAAGUGAGGAACAGGAAAGUGUAUAAAAGAAAUCAUGUGUAACUGGCAGCACUUCAGGAGACACUUUGUUCCUUUUUCAUGCAGCAGCUUGUAGGCUUCAUUCUGGUAAAAAUGGCUCUGAUAAAAAUCUCGGGUGAUUUGUGUCUUAAAUCACCAGUGACUCAGCUCCCCCCCCCCUCCUCCCUCAGUGUUUUUGUAGCAGUCAGGACUGAGGACUAGCUGUUGUGGUAUGAAACUGAGCUGCUUUUAAGUGUUUUGGUGUUUAGACCAGCAAUAAGACCAGAUAAUGAUGUGUUUUGUUGUCUUGUACGUCAGGGUUUGUCUGCUGAAAGUAGAGGAACCAUUUUUGUCGGAGCUGUUCCUCUCAGUGUGUAGCACAGGUCCAACCUGUCAUUUUAGACACUCUGGCAUCAAUGCACUAUAAUAUCUGUCUGUAUGUCUGUAAUAUAAAGUUAUAAGUUCUGCAGCUGUAGAACGUAUUGAUCUCUGACGUGCAGGGCCGCCACACUGACUUCUGUAUUUGCUUUUGGUUGUGAGUUGACUCCUGCAGAGUUAAAUGUGAUUGAACUGAAUUGUUUAUUCAGGAAAUGUUUAUUGUCUUAUUCAUUCAUUGUUUCACAGUAAAAUAACAGAAACAGCAGAGAAGGACGGAUGCUACUUUACUCUAGUGAGAGCAGGUGUAAUAAUGGAUAUUAAUGACAGUAAAGUGUUUGAUAAGAAGCUGUAUAAUUUUCAACUUGUGAAAUAUUGUUGUUAGCUUGUCAUGAAAGCUCCCACAGUUUAUGUUUACAACACUGCCCACACUAUUUCCUACAUACAAGGUUCAGGUUUCUAUUCAUUGUACUGGCUUUGAGUAUCUUGAACAGUGCAAAUCAACUCUUAAACUAAAUGUCUCUUAUUUGCAUGUGAGCAAAUCCAGUUUGAUUGUACCAUUAGGAAGGGCUUUCACACCAGAAGCACAAGCUUGACAUUGUGCAAAGCAAGGACAUCAUUUCUAAUGGUGAGAGAGGCUGCAUGGGUCAGCGCCAGACUUAGUGGCCGUAUUUCAAUUUACUUCUGUAAAACAUGUCAACAGGACAGUUACAUGGGAGUGUUCACUUGUUGACUAAAACAUUUGUAUCAUAAAGUGUUUCCCAGUGUUCACAUGUAGGUGAUGUUAUUUGGUGAAACAGGGAGAGAUGAGCGUUGUCACUCUCUACGUUCUUGUACAAUAAUCUGUAUUCUUCUUCUUUCUAGUUCGACACACUUACACUGAUUUCUAGAGAUGAAACUGAAGAGGAAAGUGCAAUUAUAAUGUUUUAAGAAGACUUUUUGAAAGCUGAAUGUUUCCAUGCAGAGCCAACAAUAGAACUGCUAUCAUCAAACGUGAUUCAUCCUGUAUCUGAGGGUGUUUUAAAUCUUCAACUGUUGUCUCCAAAUUUCUACAGUUCUCUCUCCAACAUGCCUGACAGUCUAAAAAUUACCUGGCGUGAUGCUACUUGUUGCUUAGCAACAGCCACAAGGCUGGGUGAUGUGGCUGCCAAUGAAAACUAACAGCCGAACUUUAGUCUGCGGCUGCUUCUGUUCUCUGUGUGAACUGACUGUUGUUGUAAAUACAUAAUUUCCUCCUCAGGUUCGGCUGUGGGACGAUGUUUUAUCACCAUGUUUUGUGGUAAACUUGAAUGUUGCUGUACGCUGCUGUAGCACAUCUGGUUUGUGGAAAAGAAGUUUGUUCUGUGUUGAUAUCUGUGAGUCUUCAGAUUUGUGUUAAGCAGGAGUAGAAAACGUUCCUCUGUAACGACUGAAAAACAAACUAUGAAUGUAAAAGAUUAUUUAUUUCUCCUUAGACAUCAUGGACAAAAGCAAGAGAAGUGUUUUAAAGUUUCCCCAGUCUUAAGGCCUGGUCACACCAGUGUUUCCAUGUAGCGGCUAAUGCAAUUUACUCCACAGGAAUCGUCACAAUCAAUCAUUUCCAUAACAGAGCAGGCAGAUCAGCCACUAGAUCCCAGUAGCUCUACAAGAAUACGUGCGGUUGUGUUUUUUUAUUGGUCUUUUUAUUUGUUUGUUCUGUGAUAGAAGGCCUGUUUAAAGACUUUUGACAAAUUUUGUAUAUUAAUUUGUUCACAUUCACAUUUUUUAUUGAACAUUUUAAAUAUGCAGAGGCGGAGCAAAUUGCGUUCAGAUGCUGUAAAUGUUUUGACCGCAAUAUAUUUUUAUUGUGCUGUUUUCGAAACGAUCCAAGAUAUUGAUAGUUGCAUAAAAAUGUGUUAAUAACUGGAAAAUAAUUGUUGAAAAUCAAAUCAAAUUCAAUUAAAAUUUCAUUUUGAGAUUUUCAGGGGGUCAAAGCUGUCAGUUAGGCCUUGUUCAGACUGAGAGCCCAAAUCAGUUUUUUGGCAUAUCCAGAUCCCAUCCAGAUUGAUUUUAGAAAGUCUAGACAGCAAAAAAACACAUGAAAUGCAAUUUUGCAAUUUUUGGAUCCAAGCCACAUCUGGAGGUGGUUUGAAAUACGAUUCCAAUUGGAUUUCUACAGAUGUGUCUCAGUCCGGACGCUCUGGCCGCUCAAAUCGGAUUUCAAAGUGUCUUCUGUAUCGCUCGCAAUGCAACACCCAACAGCAACCUCAAAUCCAGAGUGACGGAAGUUCAUUGAAGCGGCUCCAUGCUGCUACUAGCAGUGAACAACAGUCUGUGGACAGAUGCUGAAAUAAAUUGUCUGCUGGUAUUUUGCGGCGAGACCUCUGUACAGGCAAAGCUGGAAUUUCUCUGCCUGCAGUCUGAACAAAGCCUUAGACCCCAGAGACGUCUUGUAUUUUAGACAUUGACACUAUUUUAGCUUAUUAGCUGUGUGUCACCAUCCAGCUUUAUUUAACCUCUUCUGUCGGUGUAAAAACUGCAAAAUAAAAGAAGAAUGGUUUGCAGACAAUUAUGAGACAGGUGUUUAUUUAAAAUAGAUCUUUUACAUGAACUGUGUGAACUUAAUGUCCCGUUAGCGAUUGAGCUAAGCUAACGAGAGAGAGUUUUAUUUUCUCUCUUCCAUAACUUCUCAUUGAAAUGGUGUACAAUAGUCAACAAACUGCCCAGGUGGAGUAAACAGAGCGGUAGAGAGGUUUAGAGAGCUAUGGUGACUGCAUGUCUGUAACUGGCUAGCAUGUUAGCGGUUAGCUCGCCAGCUACAUCAGUUCACCAACUACUCGGCGAGUAAUCGCUAUGUCACAAAGUUACUACAACCAAAUACUUUUGCCGUGCCACUUUCUGGUGUGACCAGGCCUAGAUAGAUAUCUGUGCACAAGUCUUAAAUGACUUAAUCAAGUAUUUUGUUUUACACUCAGAGCUGCAUCUAUGAAGCUAAACUGAAAAGUGAAAAACUAACGUUAUAAUGAAUAUUUUAUGGAGCCCCGAAGGCAACAUGUGCUUUUUAAGGCUCUCAUGUCGCCUUCAGGGCUCCAUAAAAUAUAACUUGUUUGCUGUCAUUUCUACAGAAAUGAUAGAGACAGAAAAUUGUGGGUAAUUUUUAACUACUAAAAGGGCAUCCGCUACUUUCUUGUGUGAGCAAGAAAGUUUUUUGUGCACAACAGACUUUCUCCUGAGCAUUAAGUAGUUUCCUGUGUAAACAACAAACCCUCUUGUUCACUUUGUAACUAUUUCUGUCCUUAGUUUGACAAAUGCUCUCCAAACAGUUCCGACAGCCACAAACCAACAGCAGUUUCCAAAGAAAAUUCAGUGAUGCUGCCAUUCAGUCGCAUUUUAGAACGUGAUGUGACAUUUAGAGGCAUCAGGAAAACACACGAACAGACUCGGAUUCUCACUAGGAGUGAAUGAUCCUGAGUUGUACGACUCCAUGAAUGUGACUUAAAACAAAAAGGUCAAAUCCAUGUAUGAACAUUAAGGACACUGUUAUUACUGCAUCUGCCUCCGUCUUCCCUUCUAGAGAUACUUACUUUUUUCUUUCUUUCUUGCUUCAUCUUUUAUCCCCUGUAUUUUUCCUCUUUUACUUCUUUUCCUCCAUUCCCUCCUUUUUAAUGCUGGGCAAUGUUUAAAUCAUUAUCUCAAUGUUAAUAAGAAUAUUUUCUAAUAUUGAUAUAUAGUGUGUCAAAAAUGUAUAAACAAAAUCAUCUUUUAAAUAGUCAUAGAAAUGCUAUGAACUGUGUUAUCACUGUUUAUAAGUGUAAAACCAAAACUUCUAUAACUAAUUCUCUUCGUUUUUAAUAACUUUGCUCAGAAAUUGGACAAAAAAAAAUUGUAGAACAACAUAAGAUCAUAAUAUUCAACCUUACUUCUUUAUUUUACUCUUCCCUGUUUUCAUCCUCUAUCAUUGUGUUUCCAACCAGUAUUUUUUUGUGCUAAAAAUACAAACCUGUUGGACAGAAACGUUGACUUCGACGACAAAUCAGUGACACAAAUUAAAAUCGCUGUGAAAGAAAGCAUACACGCACUUUUAUGAAUCCGAUUUUUUCAACUCAUUUUUUCAGUUUUGACAUCACUAAAACUUGUAAAAUCCCUGAAUCAUCCAUUCUCUCCAAAGAAAAUGUAGCUUCUCUGUAGCAUUUUUGUGUGUUUUUAUGAGACUUAACGAGCUGUUGUCAUCUUUCUGUCCGAGAUGAAUAAUGUUAGAUUUUCUAUCUAAAGCCAUAUGCUAAUCUGUGAACUGCAGUAGCAACUAAACUCUGUGUUUCACUUCAUCACCACAGAAACUGAAAAUGUUAAAUUAUAUUAUUUCAGAUGCGGUUUUGGUAUUUAUUUAGAUUUUAAUUGAUUUUUACCCCUGAGUUAAUCAACACUGUAUAAUGUAGUCUUUCAUUGACUGUAUUAUUAUCAUUAUUGUAUUUAUUAUAAUAAGUGUGCAGGUGUCUCCUUUUGUUCUUUCUUCAUCAUAUCUUUGUACUUUGCACUGUGUUGUCUGCAGGUAUUUUGUCGUCCCUUCAUCCUCUGUACCUCAGCAUUGUACCAUGUGACCCAGGUAGCCGCUUUGCCCGUGUUUUAACGAUAAUAAUGAUAACUAUAGUGCCUA